CGUGGCCGCUUUACAAUAUUUUCGACUCUGUCGAAGUAACGAGUGGCGUAGAGUGUGUGACGAGAACAAUGCCGUGACUUUUGUCCAUAUUGCAGCACAUUCUCGCGAAACGUUCCGCCCGGAAGUUGGUGCGAAUCAGCAGUUCACAGACGUGGGAUGCAGUACGUUGGGUGUGUGCGUGCACGCGCGCCCCCACCUGCCCCGGACUCACGAACAGACACACGAGCGCCGCGACAGACGAACGGAAAGUGUCCAAAGGCCGCAAUGUCGACACCCGCCGGGACGUCGUUUCCUGCCGACUGAAGCGCGACCUUUGCACCGCCUCUCUGCCGUAAAGCAGCGGCUCUUACUGCGCGCCGUGCCGCCUGACCCCUGUUUCACCCUGUUUCACCCUUCUUCUACUAACUAGCACUCCGAGUGCACUGUCGCAGGGACGGACCGCGAAAUACUAGUAGAGUACAACACCAUAUGAUCUGUACCUAUCUGCACAGGAAACGGGAUGUUGCCGUCCUCCUGCGACACCUUUGUGGCUCUGCCUCCGUCCACCGCUGGCCCCCGCAUCGUCUUCGGGAAGAACUCGGACCGGCCCUGCGACGAAGUGCAGGAGGUGGUCUACUUCGCUGCUAGAGACCAUGGUGCUGGGGACAAAGUGGAGUGCACGUACAUCGAGAUCGAGCAGGUCCCGCACACCUACGCCGUGGUGUUGAGCCGACCAGCGUGGCUGUGGGGGGCGGAGAUGGGGGCCAAUGAGCAUCAGGUGUGCGUAGGGAACGAGGCGGUGUGGGGCAGGGAAAGUGUGGACGACCCGGAGGCCCUGCUGGGAAUGGAUCUGGUCCGACUUGCCCUGGAGAGGGCCGACAGCGCUCAGAAGGCCGUGGACGUCGUCGCGGAGCUUCUCGACAAGUACGGACAGGGCGGCAACUGCAUUGAGGACAUGAGCGGCUUCACGUAUCACAACAGCUUCCUGAUAGCAGACAGGAAGGAGGCCUGGGUGCUGGAGACUGCUGGGAAGUACUGGGCAGCUGAACGUAUCAAAGAGGGACAUCGCAAUAUUUCCAACCAGUACUCAAUAACCACCAAGAUAGACAAGGAGCACCCUGAGACGAGGCGGUAUGCCAAGAGCCGAGGCUGGUGGGACGGGAAGUCCGAGUUCAGUUUUGCAGAAGUCUACUCCUACAGGACAACGGGCAGAAUCGAGGCGUCAAACGAUCGAUAUUGCGAGGGACGCAGGCUUCUGGAAAAAAGCAAUGGACACAUCACCGCUGAGACCAUGAUGGAGAUUCUAAGGGACAAAGAAAGUGGCAUCAACAGGGAAGGGAUUUUUAUGACAACUGGCAGCAUGGUGUCUGUAGUCCCACGGGAUCCGUCCUUGCCGGGUGUACACUACUUCACUGGGACUCCUGACCCAGAAAGGUCUGUUUUUAAGCCCUUUAUCUUUGUGGAGGACAUUAAACAGUUGAAGGAGACUUGCUCUCCAAGCUUUGGGCCGGAUGACCCUGUGAAGAAGAAACCACGCUUCCAGAGCAAGCCCAAUCGCAGACACCCGCUGUUCUUCAAACACGAGGUGGUGGCUGCAAUCAUCGAGACCAACAAGGAUAGAGGUAUGAAGAUUGUGCAGAAUAUGAGGCAGCUGGAGAAGGAGAAGAUAUGUGAAAUGGAAAAGUAUCUGACAAGUGGCAUCGAGGACUCCACAUUAGCGGUGCAUCUUUUCUCAAACACCACUGAGGAGGAGCUGAAGAUAUAUGGCAAAGCCUAAGAAAACAAUUGUUGGUUGUUAAUGAAUUAAUCUGCAUUAAACAAGUUAAUGAUUAAAUAGUGCACAUUUUCAACUCUUUAGCCUCUAAUAUAAGAUGAAAAUAGAAAUGGUACAGAUAGUACUCCUGAUCUGUAAAAUUUAUAAGGAGCUUAAUGAGCUAAAGGGGGUGUUACCUGGUUAUUACUUGGAUAAUUCCAAAUGUUGCAUUAUUGUACGCAAGUGAAAUAUAACAUGAACCGCACAUAUGUGUUUAAAAUGGUAACCAAUAAGCAAUUUGUCCAAAUCACAGUAGAUUGCAGUAGGUCAGUAGUUUCACUAUAAACAUACUUCAGGACAGUAAUGUCACAGAUACAGAAGAUAUUGAGGACAAAAGUACUGAUUCAUCAUGAAAGGAAUAGCUGUAAAUGAAUUUGUUUUUACAAGUAUUAAAAGAAUGAAGACCACUCAAACUGCAUGUUUGGUGCAUGCAUAUACUACAAAAAGUUAAUAUUUACAAUGAGAAAAAUGUGAAGUUGUCAGGACACAAACAUAUGUCACUUCAGAGCAAAUUUUAUUUAUGAUAAAUAUUGCAGUGACUGGGUACUAGACUAAUGUUACUGCUUUUAUUCUUGUAAAGCCUGGCAUUUCUGUAUCAACAAAAACAGCCUGGCAACAAUUUUUGUAUUAAAUCAUCAGACCAUUAUGAGUUACAAUGAAAAUGAAUUAUUUUUUUAGACUAGUUUUAUACCUACAGUACUUGUUUUCUUACAACUUGUAAAAACCUUUUAAUAGUUCUUACCUGAUGAUUACCUGUUUUACUGUGUUUAAAAGUGAUGAGAUUGGAGCGGUAACUGGUUAAAAAAGGCAAUACAAAAUAAAACGGUAACAGCG